GGAGCCGCGGCGGUGCCGGUCCUCCCGGCGGAGCGGGGCUUUUCCCUGGAUGGGCUCAGUCCGUAGGGAAGCUGCGGAGGGGCUCUGGGGCGCCGGUCCGGGCACAAAAGGAGCGAGCUUCGCCGAGGGAGGAGGCUCUGGAGGCUGUCAGAGCAGCGGRCUGGCUCCGCGGAGGGGCUGCGGGCAGCCGGAGCUGGUGUGUGCUGGGGACAGCGGGACUGGCACCUCGCAUAAAUGCCUGCGGAACUCAAACAGAUGAAGGACAUAGCUUGUACUUCUGACUCCCAUGUGCAUGAACAAAGCCCCAGUAACCAGACUUCAAUAGCAAUGAUGCAAGAGCCUCAAGAAAUGGUGGAAGAGACAGUUACUGUGGAGGAAGACCCAGGCACUCCCACUUCCCACGUGUCUAUUGUCACUUCUGAAGAUGGAACCACGAGGAGAACUGAAACCAAGGUUACCAAAAUGGUGAAGACUGUCACCACGAGAACAGUGCGGCAGGUGCCGCUGGGGCCGGACGGGCUGCCCGCCAUGGACGGCUCGUCACCCAUGGGCAGCUACACCGACUCCAUCGACAGGAGGUACAUGAAGAAUGGUGAGCGCUUCAUCACCCCCCAGGCCUCGUCCACCYUGACCCGAUCCUACAACAGCUACAACGAUUCUUACCCCGAGAGCCACGAGGGCCAGUACCGCCCCUACAUCGGCCACGAYGGCUACGGAGACCUCUCGGACAACUACGGCAGCUUGUCCCGGGGUGUCAACUACCGGCCCCGCUAUGCCUAUGUGCCAGGGGGCACCUACAGAGCUGAUGAUGGCAGCUUCACCUUGCCCAGCAGGAGGGAUAACUAUGGCCCCGUUGCCCAGCCCCAGGUGCCCGUGGGCAGCAGCGUGGACCUGAACCGUUCUCAGCCGGAGCGCUUCCAGCCGGAGCCCUACGGACUGGAGGAUGACAACCGCAGCCUUGGAGUGGAUGAUGAAGGGUAUGAACUGGAUCCAGAUUACUCCACUGUGAACAGGAGGACGUCUGCAGGGGUGCCAGAGAGAGGAAGACCUCACAAAGGAAGGGGCUACGAGGACCCCAUMGAGAGCGAGAUGGUUGAGGAGAGGAUUCCGUACCUGCACGGCGGCUACGCAGCACCACUGGCACAGCCCGAGCGAGGCAGCAUGGCCAGCAUCGACCGGCUGGGGAAACGCUCGCCCUCCAUCGACAGCAUCCGCAAGGACCCGCGCUGGAGGGACCCCGACCUGCCCGAGGUCAUCGCCAUGCUCAGCCACCCCAUCGACCCYGUCAAAUCCAACGCCGCCGCCUAUCUGCAGCACCUGUGCUAYGAGAACGACAAAAUCAAAAAGGAUGUCAGGCACCUGAAAGGGAUCCCCAUCCUGGUGGGCCUGCUGGAUCAYCCCAAACCUGAGGUGCAUCGUAAAGCCUGCGGGGCUCUCAGAAACAUCUCCUUCGGGAAGGAUAAUGAGAACAAAGUGGCCAUAAAGAACUGUGAUGGGAUCCCCGCAUUGAUCAGGCUGCUGCGGAAAACAAACGACAUGGAAGUCAGAGAGCUAAUUACAGGCACUCUGUGGAAUUUAUCCUCCUAUGARCCCCUGAAGAUGGUCAUCAUCAACCAUGGUCUGCAGACCCUGACCAACGAGGUGAUCAUCCCCCACUCGGGCUGGGAGAGCGAGCCCAACGAGGACUCGAAGCCUCGCGAUGCGGAGUGGACAACGGUGUUCAAAAACACCUCGGGCUGCUUACGGAAUGUAAGCUCAGAUGGAGCAGAAGCACGCAGAAGACUAAGGGAGUGUGAUGGYUUGGUGGAUGCCCUCCUUCACGCUUUGCAGUCUGCAGUUGGCAAGAAGGACACGGACAAUAAGUCUGUGGAGAACUGCGUGUGCAUCAUGCGGAACCUUUCCUAUCACGUCCACAAAGAGGUCCCCGGAGCUGAUAAGUACCAAGARCAAGAUUCUGGUCAGACUACAGGCACAGGAGGCUCUCAGAAGAAGAAGAAAGAUGAUGCUGGUUGUUUUGGUGGGAAAAAAGCUAAAGGAAAGAAGAAUGGAGAUUUGGACAGAAAUUUUGAUACACUUGAUUUGCCUAAGCGGUCUGAAGCAGCUAAAGGCUUUGAAUUACUGUACCAGCCAGAUGUGGUCCGACUGUACCUCUCCAUCCUCACYGAAAGUCAGAACUUCAACACUCUGGAAGCUGCAGCAGGAGCUUUGCAGAAYCUUAGUGCUGGCAACUGGACGUGGUCCACGUACAUCCGUGCGACGGUGCGGAAGGAGAGGGGGCUGCCAGUGCUGGUGGAGCUGCUCCAGUCUGACUCAGACAAGGUCGUGAGGGCUGUGUCCAUCGCCCUGAGAAACCUUUCCAUGGAUCGUCGCAAYAAAGAUCUCAUAGGUAGUUAUGCCAUGGGUGAGCUGGUAAGAAAUUUACCCAGCAGGCAGCAGAGAUCUGCAAAGAACCUGGAAGAAGAUACAGUGGUUGCAGUGUUGAAUACCAUCCAUGAAAUCAUUACUGACAGCUCAGAAAAUGCAAGGUCUCUGAUCCAGACACAGGGCAUUCAGAAGCUGGUAGCUAUCAGCAAGUCAAGCCAGUCUCCCAGAGAAACAAAAGCAGCAUCUCACAUUCUUCAGAUGAUCUGGAGCUAUAAAGAACUACGAAAUGCCCUUCAGAAGGAUGGGUGGAACAAGUCACACUUUCAGUCUGUUUCUGCAGCUCCAAAGGGCUCCAAAGGUACUGCUGGCAGGUCUGGCUACGACGACAGCACUUUGCCUCUGGUGGAUAAAAGUCAAGAUAAUGAGAAGUCUGGGAGUCGUGAUAUGAUACCUAUGGAUGAACUUGGCCCAGAUGGAUAUUCCACCAUCGACCACCGGGACAAGGAGCGCAAGUACAAGACCAGUGAUAACACAGGGGAUGCCUCUGAGAAAGAACCUUUAAAAAAUGACACAAAUAGGAAAAACAUUAACAGGAGUAACAGGGCUUCGGUGAAUCUGGUGGAUGCCCGUGACAUUAAACCCCAGCCUGUUGACUCCUGGGUCUAAUUUGCAUGCAUGGGCUAAAGUUCAACCACAUUUUUUUUGAUUGAGGGGGAGAAACAAACAUUGAAUCGACACAGAGGAUCUCAUCAGUCACCACUGCCAUUCAGACUGGGAGGGCUGCAGGUUCCAGGAGGGCGUGGGGAGCGAACCCACCCGAGUGCCAUCGCCGAGCGGAGCACGAUGCCUUACAGCGAGACACUCUGCUGCUUAACUCCCUGACAUUCCCACCAGAAACAGCCACUGCCUCCCCCGCCCUCCCUCCCACUCCUGCAAGAAGAAAAGCAAGAAAAGAGAAUCCAAGCUUCCAUGUAGCUGGCUGCGUUCUUAGGUGACUCUUACAUGUGGAUGGUGCCAAGCUGGAGAAGUGCAGGUCAUGYGGCAGCUUCACAGAGAGAGAGGAACUGCAGGGUGUUUGAAAUGAUAUCGUAGGUGUAGUCACGAGGAGAAUAGCACUUUUCUGGUUUGGGGCUCGUUGUUUUGRUUUUUGUUUCGGGGGAUUUCGUUUGAACUGUGACUCCUAAUGUUUUGAAGGCUUUUUGAAAAAUGUUUAGGUUUUCUUUAUUAUUCCCACAGGAAGUGCAGGAAUGUUGAGUGGGUUUAUUGGAUUUCAAUGAAGGGAGAAAAUGCAAAACAAAAACUAUUAAACGCUAGUCAAAUGAACUGGAGAGUGGAUGACAAAAUUGAUGCAAGCUGUAUAAUCUGCUUUUAGAGUAAGCUAUAUCAAUCACAGUGCUAUAUUAUCAUUAUAAUCUGGUGUACAAUACUUCUGCCUUUUGAAUUCUGUAAUGUCUCUGUUUUUAUUUCCACAUACUGAAAAGCAGUUUAUGGAAGGUUUCAGUGUCCCUGGUUCAGAAAUCUGUGCUGAGAAAUGGAGUUGGCUGGCUUUCUAUUUUCAUGUUCUCAAMGAUKGCARUAAG